AGGCGUAGACAUUUAUCCAGAAUUCAAGCAACCAGGAAUGGAACUGAAGGCAAACAAGAGCAGCUUUUCUCUGAAUAUUAAACGUGCUACUGAAGACAAUGAAGGAAUGUACUUCUGUGGUAAAUCUCAAGGGAAUAUUAUUGAGUUUUCCACAGGAACUUUCUUAGCUGUGACAGGUUAUCCUGAGUUAAACAUCUCAGUGCUCCAAACUCCAGUACAGGGGUCAGUUUCUCCAGGAGAGUCGGUCACUCUGCAGUGCACGGUCCUCUCUGAGAUCAGUGCAGCAGAACUCCGAGUGCUCUGGUUCAGAGCUGCUGCAGGACAAUCCUUUCCUGAAAUCAUUUACACUCAUCAGAACAGCAGCAGCCGUCAGUGUGAGAUCAGCUCUUCUACACACAGCUCUGUGUACAACUUCUCCAAGAACAUCCUCGACCACAACCAUACUGGAACUUACUACUGCGCUGUGGCUGCUUGUGGGAAGAUCAUUGUUGGGAAUGGAACAGCAGUAGAACUGACACGGCCUCUGGAUCCUGUAGUGAUCUGUCUGGGAGCAGCUUUAGGAGUGUGUGUGGUUGUGAUCUCUGUCCAAACCAUUUUAAACUGUAAAUGGAGAAACUGUGAACACUGCAGUGAGAAACUUAAAGACUCAGUCAAAGAGAAGACGACCAAUCAGGAUGAUGAAGCUGAGGAGCUGAAUUAUGCAGCCCUAAAUUUCCAUGAAAAGAAAACUAAAAGAGGAAGAGGAAAACGAGAACAGCCACAAGAAGACACUCUGUAUUCUGCAGUGAGGGGCUCCUCUAUUAAUGACCGCAGAGUAACUCAUUAA